CAAGGAGAGCUUGUGGCUGGAAACGUGUUUUGUCUUGGAGAACAGGUGGCAUGGAAAUGCCUGCUAGGUACUGCCAGGGCACCAGUGUUGACGUGUCAAGUGUCUCCACAUCCAUGGCCACUGAUCCCAUGGCAGAGGAAAUACUGAGAGAUGACUUGAGGUUUUACUUCAUGAGCCCUUGUGAGAAGUACAGAACCCGGCGACAGUUACCAUGGAAAUUAGCAGUGCAAAUUUUGAAAAUAUUCAUGAUUACACUUCAGCUCAUACUGUUUGGGCUGAAUAAUCAGCUUGUGGUGUCCUACAAGGAGGAGAACCUCAUGGCCUUUAAGAGUUUGUUUCUGAAGGGCUACAGUGGUGUGGAUGAGGAUGACUACAGUAUUGCUGUCUAUACCAAACAGAGUGUAUAUGAUAGUUUACACUAUGUUAUAGAUCAGUAUUCCCAAUUAGGAAACCUGUCUGUAGGCCCUGUUAGUUACGCUGAAGAGAAUGAAAAGUUUCUGCCCUUGAUCAUCUGUAAGAAGAGCUACAAGAAAGGCAGCAUUGAACCGUAUGAGGAAGCUUACAAUAUUGAUGCCGAGCUUGAAACAGUUUGCUUGACUCUUGAUCCGGAGUCCACUAAAACAUGGAGAAUGGACAACGCUUCAUUUUUUGAGCUGGAUUUUUAUAGGCUUGUCGAUAUUGAGAUCACUUUUGCGCUCAAAGGAAUCAAUUUGCAAACCGUUCGUUCUCAUGAGCUGCCAGACUGUUACACCUUUUUUGUAAAGAUUCUCUUUGAUAACAGCUGUCAUAGCGGGAAGGUGAAAUCGACCCUUGAUUUUGACACUGUUAGUAGUGCGUGCAAAAACUGGAAGAUUUCAGGAACUGCUCAGAAGAGCACUCACUACCUGCUGAUCUUUGAUGGCUUUGUUAUUGUAGUGUGUCUGAUCUCUGCAGUGCUCUGCACACGUUCUAUUAUUCUCGCUGUGAGGUUACUUCAGCGGUUUUCUAGCUUCUGUCUUGAGAAUUAUAAUCAGAAAGUGUGUGAAGAUGAUCAGAGGGAGUUCUUGAAUGGCUGGUACAUCUUAGUGAUCAUCAGUGAUGUUUUGUCCAUCAUUGGAUCAAUACUAAAAAUGGAAAUACAGGCUAAGAGCAUGACUAACUAUGAUGUCUGCAGCAUCUUCCUGGGAACAUCAACUCUAAUGGUCUGGGUGGGCGUCAUAAGGUAUCUGGGAUACUUCGAAAAAUACAAUGUGCUUAUCCUCACUAUGCGAGCAGCCUUACCAAAAGUCUUACGCUUCUGCUGCUGCGCAGGAAUGAUCUACCUCGGCUACACCUUCUGUGGAUGGAUUGUUCUGGGACCCUACCAUGAGAAGUUUGAAGGGCUGAGUCGUGUGGCAGAGUGCCUCUUCUCUCUAGUCAACGGGGACGACAUGUUUCCUACGUUUGCACAGUUUGAGCAAAAGAACACAAUGGUGUGGUUGUUCAGCCGAGCUUAUCUCUACUCGUUCAUCUCGCUCUUCAUCUACAUGGUGCUCAGUCUCUUCAUCGCCCUCAUCACAGACGCUUACGAGACGAUCAAGGUACUCUCAGCGUAACCUACUGUGACUACUUUCUAGCAUUUCUUCAUGGUUUAGUAGUUAGCACACGUUCCAACACAUUGGACUGCAAUGCUUACAUGGAUGCGAGUUUGAACUGGCUUGCAAACAUUUCCAACUCUUGUUAUCCCCCUUCAUCCUGUUAUAUUCGAGCC